AUGAAGAAGAAUUUCGCGCCGAGCGCGCCAUACUCGCGCAGAGCACCAAGCCCCCCAGCGCUGGAGGUGCGCUAUCCGCUGAUGAGGAGGAGGGCAGGCUCAGAGUCCCAAUUCGUGCUGGUUCCCUCGUACGAGAACGCCGACGCUGGCCAACUCACAGCGGAGGACCUUAGUAUCAUCACUGGAAAUGAAACUCGGCUCAUCGCGGAGAAUAAAUCGGCAGAUUGGAGAUACGAAGAUCGGAGGAAAGCUCAGCGCGUACUCGACUUUCUGUACGUCGGACCAGUCACGGCCAUACGAGAUCUCCAAUUCUUACAGAACGAGGGCAUCACCAUGAUCAUCAUAGUCCGUAACACUCGACUACCAUCACGCAGCUUGGAGAUGGCAUCCCAGCAACUUGGCAUUGUUGGGGAAUACGUUGAGGUCAUGGGGACUCAGCAGCUCAUACACAACCUGCCCAAAACGAUCAGCACCAUUAAUCAGCAUCUACUUCACGUCUACCGCUCCCAAGCCCAUCAAUGUACCUUGGAUGGCGAAAUGGUGGUUGACCCGGCUACUUUCAAGCGGGGAAAGGUACUCGUGACUUGUGAGUCCGGAAACGAGCUGUCACCCGCCAUAGUCGCUGCGUAUAUCAUGGCAGUGUACGGUAACAGCUUUGAGAGCGCCGUGCAGUUCAUCGUGGUACAGAGAUUCUGCGUCAGCAUCGACGCUAGCUUGAAGCAAAUGCUGUGUACAUGGGGCGGUAUCCUGAACGCCAGGGCGGUGGUCUCCAGGGAUCGAGGUCCCGUAGGAAGUGAGGUCGGUGCCCGGCCGAUCAAGACAGCCAAACGUGCCAUCCACGACACCAUUAGCCCAGAGGACCACACGCCAGACCAGGACAAAAGUCACAUGCAGGAUCAAGAAAGAUUCUGUGGCAGAGAAGCCUUCGCGCCGUUCCACGAUGUGGCCCCCGAAAGCUAA